AUGAGGAGCAUUGGAUCUGCCCUGAACCUGCUUUUGGUAUCGCCACUCUACUUUGUGUGGACCGUGGUCGCUCUGGACCUGGCACAAACUCCCUGCACCACUUUGGUCCAGGGGAAAUUCUUUGGGUAUUUCUCCUCCUUUGCCGUCUUCCCGUUGAACUCCUCUCUCUGCUCUUGGAUUAUCCAGAACCCCGACCCUCGGAGGUACACUUUGUACAUGAAGAUCCUAAAACCUACUGGCGUAUGUGACCACCAGCACCACAUCCGCACCUACCAGUUCGACUCCUUCCUGGAGUCCACCCGCACCUACCUGGGCAUGGAGAGCUUUGACGAUGUGUUGAAGCUCUGCGACGGGUCCACCCGCUAUGCCUUCCUCCAGUCCAACAAGCAGUUCCUCCAGAUGAAGCAGACCGCACCACCGGGGGUGGAAAGCUGGCCCGUGCGGUGGAAGCCCACAAAGGCUCAGGAGAGGGACUUCUCGGUGGAGUACCUCGUGGUGGGCAACAGGAACCCUAGCAAAGCCGCUUGCCAGAUGCUCUGCAAGUGGCUGGACGCGUGCUUGGCCAUCAGCAGCAGCUCCCACCCAUGCGGCAUUAUGCAGACCCCGUGCUCUUGCUCAGGAGGGGAAGUCCUAGAUCAGGCCAGCGAGAUCCUGGGGCUUACAAGGAAGAAGGAAGAUUGCUAUAAGGAUGGAAUUUACUUGGAGAACUGCAUGAGCAGCCCCAAGGACAGCAGCGGAGUGGAGUUCCUGGGUGAGUAG